CCAAUUGUUUUUGACGUGCUCUAGGUUCAGUGGCGAAAUUUAAAAAAGGCUAGGAACCGGCACGAUGUUCAAACUUGCUACGUUAUUGCUCUGCUGUUGGGUAUCGCUGAGCGCCGGCCGUCUGACGGUCAGUGGCCGCGAUUUUUACUACAACGGCCAAAAGGUUUUCUUGUCAGGUGUCAACAUCGCAUGGAACUCUUACGGUUAUGAUUUCGGUAAUGGUCAGUAUGCCGCAAAUUCUAAAUCCACCCUCGAGUCAUGGCUCACUAGGAUCGACGCCAAUGGAGGCAAUUCCGUCCGAAUGUGGUUGCAUGUUGAUGGUGCUAACACACCCGCGUUCGACAGCAACGGUUACGUGACCGGUCCAGACAAUACGGGAACAAUGAUCAGCGAUAUGCGAUCCUUCUUGGAUUUCGCGCAGAGCAAGAAUCUUAUGGUCAUUUUCGUGUUAUGGAACGGAGCUGAAAGACCGCAAGAAAAGGCUUUGAAUUUGCUUUACGAUUAUUCUAAAUUGCAGACCUACAUCGACAACGCGUUAAAGCCCAUGGUAACUGCCUUGGGUAACCAUCCUGCACUGGCAGCUUGGGAGAUCAUGAACGAACCUGAAGGAUUGGUAUUGAAUAACCAGUACAACAGCGAUGCGUGUUUUGAUACAACUCCGUUGAAAGACACCGGUGCUGGUUUCGCCUUCACAAAUGUCCCCAUGCAAAACAUUUUGACGUUCGUCAACUGGCAAGCGGAUGCGAUUAAACAGGUGAACAGCGCUUGCUUGGUGACUGUUGGCUCUUGGUCGGAACAUGCCCAGACGGACAGCAAGGCCCAGUCAAGAAACUAUUACAAGGAUUCGUGUUUGAAAGCCGCUGGCAACAGAAACUCGGGAAAAUUGGAUUUCUAUCAGAUGCACACCUAUUCGAAUGAAGACGGCCAAGGAAAUCAAUACUGGAAUCCCGAUGCUCCAUUCAAGGUGACGGGCUCUUCGUACGGCCUCGACAAGCCUCUGGUGGUCGGUGAAUUCGCUUCGGUUUGCUCUGAGGGAGACGACAUCGGGAACAUGUUUCAAUACGUCUACGACAAUGGCUACCAGGGCGCCUGGUCUUGGCAUUAUUUGGAACAAGGCAAAUGCACCGACUCGCAAGAGGCCCAGAAUUUCGGCAUGACCAGAAUUAAGGAUCAAAAUGGAAACGCUGGUGCCGUCACUUUCCCUCUGUAGACAGCCCUGGAAACAUCUGUUGAUUCUGUAAACGAAUUAGAUUUGUUUAAAACAAUUGAAUUCGAAAAACUAUAGAAUGAAAAAUAUACACAGAAAGAUCCUUGAA